AUGGCGCUUCUGAAUCUGAACAGUAGGGGCAAUAGCAGUAGAAGUCAUAUCAGUAGCAGCGGUAGCAGCAGAACCAGUAGCAGUGGCAGACACAGCUAUAGCAGUAAAAGUAGCGGUAGCAGUAGUAGACGUACCAGUAGCAGUAGUAGCAGAAGCAGAGGUAACAAUAGCAGUAGUACAAGUAGAAACAGUAGCAGUUGUAGUAGUAACAGUAGUAGCACAAGUAACAGUAUCAGCAGUAACAGUAACAGUAGCAGUAUUCAUAGUAGUAGUGGUGUCAUCAGUAGCAGUUGUAGCAGUAUCAUGUCAGCAAUAACAGAAGCAAAAGCAGCAAUAACAGUAGCAGUAGUAAUAGUAGUAGUAGUGGCAGCAGUAGCACAAAUAGCAGUUGUAGCAGUAGCAUGGAGCAGCAGUAGCAGUAACAGCAGUAGAAGUAGCAGCGGAAGGAGGGGCAGAAGUAUCAGCUGCACAGGCGGUAGGAGCAACUGUAGCAGCACCGUUAUAGUGGUAGCAGAAGCAGCAGUACCAGACGAAAUAAAGCAGUCGCGGUAUAUGCAGUAG